UUCCGUCUGCAAAGCUGUCCGUAGUGAAACAAGUACUUUGGGCUCAGCUGUGUUGAUCGCCCAAACCGACUAGGGAAAUUAGCUAAGUGUGAACGUGCAAGACGUUUCACAAUUCAGAUGAGCUGUUUGAGUUUUAACUGGCAACGUUUAAAGUGACAUUCUACCAAACGGUAGCGAGACAUUGACGUUAACGUGUCUCCGUCUCUCUGAACGAGGGUGCAACUCCGUCUUAGCGAACUAGAACAAGCUGUUCUUGUCCCAUUUAACCAUGGACGGGUUUGUAAAAUUCACGAGCCAAAGCCAAGGAAGGGACCGGAUAUUCAGGGCGACCCAAUAUGCAUGUUCGCUGUCGAUAUAUUUACUACGAAACAACGCGGAAAGAAAGGACCUUGUGGCGAAACUUAAAAGUCUGGAAACCAACAUGAGCGCUGGACGGAAAUUGCUCAGGCUGGGAAACACAAUAAACUCCAUUGAGGCUGCUCAGCGAACCAUGCGACUCUCUGACCGAGUGCUGUGCCUGUGCCUCACCGUGGCCAACAUCAACCGCGCCCUCUACUUCAUCUGUGACAAUGUACUUUGGGCCAGAAGUGUCGGUGUUAUCCGCGAUAUCGACACGGAACGCUGGAGCCUGAAUUCCUCUCGCUGCUACUUCCUCUCGCUAGUUAUGAAUCUGACCAGAGAUGUUUAUGUCGUCCUCCAGCUAAUGACGGAGAGGGCAAGAGAUAAAAACUUUAGACAGAAAAUGGAGACGCAUCUCGGUGAGAGUCCUGAAGUAGCCGAAGCCGUCGUUCCUCAGCUUGACGCGUUUUUCUUUCUGCUGUUGGAGAGCCUAAAAUCGCAUCCUGCUGUUGCUGUGGACACGCUGAAAAAUAUAUGCGACCUCUUCAUUCCCCUCCACAGGUUGGGUUUAUAUCAGUCCAAUGCAGGAGUGGUGGGAUUCUGUGGUUUGAUGUCCUCAGUGAUUGGGAUUGUAACCCUCGUGCAGCCGAAGUUCACACUUAAACCAUGAGAAGGGUGGAGUUAAACCUCACUGACGAACUGUAGUAAUAACAUAUUAUUGUGUCAGGUCUUUAAAAGGGUUUAGUGUCAUUUCACUGGAGCUGUCGUUUGGGUCCGAAGUCAACCUGGUUCACAGUGAGAUUAAGCAACGUCAGAGGCACAUUUUGUAACAUUUAUGUUUGAAUAGCAUUUAUGUUUUACACUGAAGGGAUGGCUGGAUUUGAUCGUUUUGUAACAGAUGUUUUGAUUGAUUGAACUGAUUGCAUCAUACUUCUGAGGCACGAUGAAUAAGGGCCAGUUAAAGUUUAAAACACUGGUUUAAAAGGGAGCAAAUCAAGGUUACAGAGAAGCCGUGUUCAUUUUUCGUAAUUUAAAAACAACCCAAGGCUAAACUUAUGUGCAUUCCUGUCUUCUCCAACACCACAUCUAACACCAGCAGUUUUGUAUCUACUUAUACGGUAAGGGCUUAUUACUGAUGCAAGCUUUUUUUGCAUUUGCUUUUAUACAUCUCUUAGAAAAAGUAAAAUCUUAAUCUGAGUGAAGACGCAACUUCAAGUUCACCGUCUUGCUUUGCUCUAAUGUUUUGUGAUAAGAUGCUGCUCAAAGUUUUACCUCAAUGAUUCAAGUGAUGAAUCAGCUGCUUCUCACUCAAAGGUGCUUCCAGAGGGGAAACACAGCGGAGAGAUUUCUGUGAAUAGCUGCAGACAUUUUGACUUGUCAUAGUAGGAAAAAUGCACAUUUUACUAUUAACACAAUCAAUGGCUCUGUUUCUAUCAAAGUGUCCCAGUAAGAGUGACCGUGUGCCAGCAUGCACAAUACCAUGACCCCGAAAUCAAAACUGCUAGAUGAAAUCCAGCCGUUACUGAUUUCUUUAUUUACACAUGUGCUUAUCCUACUGUGACAAAUUUAAAGUGUUGUGCGUGAAAAAGGCCCUUCAUCUCGCCUGUUAGGUGUUUUUCAUUCUGCCAUUCAAGCAUGUCCUGGACCUUGCAUAUGGUGUUACUAAUAUAAAUGACUAAAACACCCUUGAUAAUGUGAUUACAAAUAAAUUCUUAACAUAUUGUC